GCUUUCGUCUUUCUGCUUCCAGGAUCCGAGGGCCAUCCUCCACCAUGGGUCCAUAUGUCCCUCCAGGACAAUCACCUCCUUUCCAAGUGGUAGAUGAUUUGCAUCAUGGAGCUUGGGUUAUCAUCACGGGGGCUCUUGGGCUGGUCUUAUCGCUAGUCAGCUUCUUCAUCCGGCUCUAUGUGCGACUUGCUCUGCAUCCACCGUUCGCGUAUGACGAUUAUCUCCUGCUUGGAGCGACAGUAUCGUCAUUGCUCUUCGACGCCGUGUCACAUGGUUUCGGGACAUCAAUCAACCUCCUGCAGCCCGAACAGGUGAAUCAGAUCCAGACACUCAUAACAGUCAGCGAUAUUCUCUACUUGAUCACCAUCUACAUCUCCAAAUGCUGCGUCUGCGGUAUCUAUCUCCGUCUCACGCCCCAGAAAUGGCACAACCGAGCCACCCUCACCACUCUCGCUCUCUGCACCGCAUGGAUCAUUCCAGCCGUUCUCAUCAUCGCAGUAAACUGCGAACUCAACCGUCCCUGGAAAGGAUCCGGAGGACAAUGUAUUGAUCUGCUCCAACGCUGGCAAUUCAUCGUCGCAUUAGACAUAACCACCGAACUAACCCUCUUCGGACUAUCCACCGCUCUCCUCUGGGGACUGUUCAUGCCAUUUAAACGCAAACUAACCAUCGGGUUCGCCUUCAUGUUUCGACUUCCCCUAAUAAUCUUCUCCAUCUUCCACAUCUACACCAUAAACCGCAACGCUCACACCCCCGAUCCCACAUUAUCCAUCGUCAUACCCAUAAUCUGGGCCCUGGUGGAACUCAACUACGCUCUCGUGGCAUGCAGCGUCUUCUGUCUGCGACCUUUUAUGGCGGCUGUGAGCACCAAUUACGGUACAGCGGGGGAUUCGAAUCUCGAGAGUAGUGGGGUGUCGAGAUCGGUGAAGGUGGACUCGGAGUCGAGACCGAAUUAUUUGGUAUCGGGUGAGAGGAGAUCUUGGAGGAUGUCGAGGGGGUUGGAAUUUGGUUCUGGAGUUGCGGUGACGAGACCGAUUGAACUUGUGGAUAUGGAGGGGGGGAGGGGUGGUGGUGGGAGUGAUGAUGGGAGUGCGAAGAUGAUUAUUCGGAAGGAUGUGGAGUAUACUGUUGAAUAUAAUGGUGAUGGCAGUGGUGGGGGGUCUGGGUUGGGUAUCGCUGGGACGGACUGGACUCGGUAG